AUGUCGAAGCGAAAAAGACAAGAUAGUUCAGGGGAAGUUCCGGACCGAAAGAAAAUCUCGACUCGAGACGCGUCGCUGUAUUUGGACACAAUCAACAGGAAAAUCCUCGAUUUCGACUAUGAGAAGGUCUGUUGCGUGUCGCUGUCCAACACAAACAUCUACGGCUGUCUGGUGUGCAACAAGUACUUCAGAGGUCGGUCAAUGGACUCGGAGUGCUUUCUGCACUCGAUCAACGACGACCACCACGUUUUUGUCAACUUCGACACGCUCACCUUCCAUAUCUUACCCGAGAACUAUCAAUUGGACGAGCAGACCGCGUCAUCUUUAGACGACAUUCGACGCCAAAUCAACCCCACAUACAAGGACCUAAAAGACCUAUACCACGACACGUCGCUCAAACGGGAUCUUGCUGGUCGAGAGUAUCGCCCAGGGUUCAUUGGACUGAGCAAUUUCGGUGCAAACGACUAUUCAAACGUAAUUUUGCAAGCCCUCGCACACAUUCCUCCAUUGAGAGACUAUCUGCUGUUGUAUCCAGAAAAGCUCCACAAAACUAAGCUGGUAGGCAAGCUUUCCCUUCUAGUGAGAAAGAUGUGCUCUCCAAAUCUGUUCAAAUCUCACAUCUCUGCCCACGAACUGAUGCAAUACAUAUCCUCGUCGACCAAUAAGAGAUUUUCCCUGCAUUACGAGAGCGAGCCCAAGGACUUCCUCAUGUGGCUGUUCAACAACAUGCACAAGGAACUGGUUUCAGAACUCGAAAAUAAUCUGAUCUCGUCUAUUUUUCAGGGAAAAGUGGAGCUUCCAUCUGGGAAGUCUAAGUUCUGGAUGCUCACAUUGACGCUGCCGCCAGUGACUUUGUUCAAAGAUGGCGCCAAGCUAGAGAUCCCCCAGGUGGCGCUUGAAGACCUGUUUGCUGCGAAAAGCUACAAAAUAGCCAAACCACCGCAGUUCCUGACUCUCUAUAUUAAAAGAAAGGACGACACACAGAAAAUCGCAGGCGUGAAUGGCUCCAAUAUCAAUCCAACGGUAGUGAAAUUCAAUCCGUCGCAACUUAAAGUAGACUCUCAUGUCUACAAGCUCAUAGCCAACGUGGUAUAUAGCAGCGGCCAGAACGAAAAUUACAGCCUGGAGAGCGAGAACCAGGCCCACUACAAAAUACAGGUUCUAGAUGAGGUGCGCAACGAAUGGCUCGAAAUCGAUGACCUCAAGGUUAGACUGAUCGAAAAAGACCUCUUGUUCCUCAACCAGACGUACUUGCAAUUCUGGCAAAGGAUAACAUAG